AUGGCCUCGAACAACAAAUGCAUCUGGGUAGACGCGAAUGGUAAGCUGUCCAUCCGGCCCGUUAUCGAAGAGUACGAACCCUCUGGCGGCCAGGCACUGGUUAAAGUCGCGUAUUCUGCGAUCAACCCAGCCGACCUUGCACACGCACGAGCCUUGGGCUUCAACAACAGCGUAUGUGGCUACGAAUUCUGUGGCACUGUCGUUGCAACCGGUCAGACGUCCCGGUACGCCGUAGGAGACGUCGUGUUUGGGUCCAAUGAGCCUGGCCCCAGGAGACCACCCUUCUAUGGCGCCCACCAAGACUUUCUGAUCACCGAAUCGAAUUCACUGUCCAUGCGGCUGGACAACAAGGAUGUGUCUCACCCCGACGCGGCGGCAAUGUCCAUUAUGGUCCGCACAGCAGCGGACGCUCUGCUCAAUCAUUUCGGCCUUCGCCUUCCCGCUGGCGAGCAGAAUCCGAACCUCGGACAUCCGGGCGCUCUGGUCAUCUGGGGCGGCGCCAGUGCAGUCGGAACCGCCGCGAUUCAACUGGCUCGGGCAUUGAAUAUCGACUCGAUAUUUGUUACCGCGUCGCCUCGGAAUUUCGAAGCACUACAGAGGAUCGGCGCGUCUCUGUGCUUCGACUACCGUGACGAGCACGUGGUUGCUAAUAUCCAGACCGCUCUUGAACAAUCCGCCGUUCCAUUGACCAUGGUCUUCGACACAGUGUGCAAGGGGGGUCGAAUCAACACCAUCAAGCAAUGCGAAUCUCUCUCUACUUCAGCGAACAUCCAAUUCGCGUGUACACUUCCUCAACCCGGGAAUCCGAGAUGGAAUAUGGUCUUGGCAUCGCGGGCAAACGACUUCCCCUUUCCGCCGCCGCUGCCGCCGAGGAAAGCAUCCCCCAAAUGUGAAGCGCGCCUCGAGGAGGCAGUGAGCUGGGCUGUUCACAAUUAUGGAGCCGGGUUUGUCGUCCCGAAAGUGACUGUUGUGGAAGGCGGGCAUGCAGGCCUUGCUGCGAUCCAUGAUGUAUUCGAGGGCCGGAACAGUUUUCAGAAAGUAGUCAUCAAAACUCCAAUCUAG